AUGAACAUCGCAAAUCUCCUCAGUCCUCAGGACUCGCCCGCCAAAGAGGAAUCGCAGACGCCGCCGCUGCGCAGCCCCCAGCCCUCGCAGUCGCCGCUCCAACGUCCCGGCCGCCCGGCAAAGUCGCGCAAGUCGUCGGGCCUGAGCCAGGUCCAGCAGUACUCGCCGCCGCCUCAGCUUCCGCCGCAGCAGCAUCCGCACCAGCAUCAGCAGCAGCACCCGCAGCAGCACCAGCAGCUCCAACACCACCACCAACAGCUGCAGCAGCACCAGCACCACCAGCCCACGCCACCACAGCACAUCCAGCUGCCGCAGCUGCCCACCCCGGGCUCAUCCCACUCGUAUCUGCAGUACCAGAAUGUGCAGCAUGCGCCGUCGCCGGGUUCUUCCUCGGCGCACAAUGGCCGGGGCAUGCUGAGCGCGACCAGCACCCCGACGGGCGACAUCAGGAGUCCGCUCGCCCACAUACAAGAGGCCCGCACCCCGCCCGCCUCGCAGCGUCCGCAGCAGCCCCAGAUGCACCGGCACGGCUCCACCCCCGGCAUGGAUACGCUGGCAGAUCUCGCGUCCAUGCAGCAUCACCAGCAGGCCACCCGCCAGAGCAGCCAGGGCUUGCGGUCGCCACAGGUCUUCCAGCGCGCUCCUUCCGUUGGCUACAACGUCCACAACAUUACCCGCACCAUGUCGUCCACGUCCGCCAAGGACAUCACCAUGCACGAGCAGCCGCGCGUGCUGCAUGCCGCCUCGCUCGGCGCCGCGGAGAACAAGGAGAUUAACGAGCUGCUCGCGAAGCUGAAGGAGAACUCGUACGACUACACGUCGCACAUCCGCCUGGUCGAGCUCCUCACCAACGGCCUCCGCGACCAUGUCCACCCGCCGGACCAACCCGGCGUCUCCCGCGAUCCCUUCUCCUACGAGCUACUUUCCGAGCUCCGCCGCGCCCGUCACACGAUGCACGCAAAAUUUGCGAUAGGCGAGGAGAGCUGGGUCGCUUGGAUAACCGACGAGAAGACCCUGGCGCGUUCCACCGAGGACCGCCUGAGCUUGAUGGAGCUGUGCCUGAAGUCGGUGCAGGAGGAGCCUAGCAGCUCCACCCUGUGGCGCCUGUACGGCGACUACAUGUACUGGCUGUGGGCCGCUGCCUUUGACGUGGAGCCCGCUGACUGGACCGAGGAUGAUAAGAAUGUGGGACGGGAAGUCUUCUCGUGGCAGGCAAUGAAGGACGUGUGGGAACAGGCUCUGCCCGCCACUCAAUGGCACAUAAACGACAGCCACCUGGUGUGGGAUCGCUGGAUGGAGAUUAUGCUAAGAGACCAGGAAGCCCGGCCCGAAACCCAGAAGCUGCACCACCUCAGGAAUGCCUUCACUGACCGCCUCCUCAAGCCGCACGCCACGUGGGAAAACACCUUCCAGAUGUACUCGACCUUCAUUUCCCGCUAUUUCAAUGCCGAGUACGAGGACACGAUGAUGACAAUGACCAAGCGUGCGAGCCGGUGCAAGGAGCAGUUUGCCCUGCGCGAACAUCAUGAGCUGAAGGUUGAAAGGGCCGUCAAAGACGGCGACAAGAAUGCCGAGUGGGAAGCUUACUCAGCGUAUCUAGAAUGGGAGCUCCGCAACAAGGGCGUCUUCAGCUUCCACCUCAUCAAUGCCUUGUUCGAGCGUGCCACCCUCCGCUUCUCCAUUGAUGCUACCAUAUGGCUGAAUUACGUGGAGCUACUCAUGGAGCACCCUGACUCGGGCGUCGAGGUCCUCCCCGUGCUGGAGCGGGCCACCCGCCACUGCCCCUGGUCCGGAGAGCUCUGGUCCCACCGCUUACUCACCCUCGAAGCAGAAGGCAGGUCUUUCGAUGAAAUGGAGAGUGUCAAGCACAGUGCUACCGAGACCGGUCUGCUGGAUGUCGGCGGUCUUGAGGAGCUGCUCAAGGUCUACAUUGCGUGGUGCGGCUUCCUCCGCCGCAAGGCUUUUGAUGCCCGUUCGUCAGAGGACGACGUCGACAUUGCUGAGGUUGGCAUCCGGUCGGCCCUAGAACAUGUGAAAGAAAUCGGGGAGAAGAGGUACGGAAAGGAAUUCCAAGGUGAUCCAGCGUACCGUCUGGAGAGGAUCAACAUCAAGUUCAUUACCCAAAGUGGCAAUAUCCAGUCGGCUCGCGACUGCUGGAGAGCUCUCGUCCCUCGGCUGGAGAACAGCUAUGACUUCUGGUUCCGCUACUACACGUGGGAGAUGGUCGUCUGGUCGAAAUGGUGCACCCGGGACAAGGACAAUGCCGGACAACAGCUCGAGUCGCCUCGUGAAGCUACUAACCUUCUCCGCCAGGCUCUCAAGAAGGUCACGACUAUGGAUUGGCCGGAAGCGCUUAUUGACAUGUUUAUCAAUCACUGCGAGCAAAACGAGACCGUCCAUGAGUAUCGCUACGCUGUCUUUGAGGCGAAGAAGGCGAGGGCAGAGGUGGCGACCAGGCGCCAGAGGGAAGCAGUUGAGGCUGCUGCUGCUUACCAACAACAGGCGGUUGCCUCUACCGAGGCGCCUUAUGAAGAUCCUGCAGGAAAUGGCAAGCGAAAGCGUGACUAUGAGGCUGCCGGUGAAGAGAUUGCUGCCAAGAAGAGCAGACAGGCAGAGGAAGCAAGCGUAGAGCCCAUGGAGCUGGAGCCGUCGUCGUCAACAACGGCCCAGCUCAAACGUGACAGGGAGCACACCACGGUCAUCGUGAAGAACAUCCCCUCUUCGGCCAGCCAAACUAGGGUCCGCCAGUUUUUCAACGGCUGCGGUAAGAUUAACAGCAUCAUCCUUGUGCCCGACGACAACGGGUCUACGCAGUCAGCGACAGUUGAAUUUGAAACGCAAGAAGAUGCAAAGUUUGCAGUCUCGCGUGACGGAAAGGCUCUCGAAGGCGAGAGCGUUCAGAUUUCACUCGGUACUGGCAGCACGCUGUACGUCACUAACUAUCCGCCGGAGUACGACGAGGCGAAUAUCCGUAAGCUUUUCAAGGAGCAUGGUGAGGUUGUUUCGGUACGGUUCCCAUCGUUAAAGUACAACACCCACCGCCGCUUCUGUUACGUUACCUUUGCUAGCGCCCAGCAAGCUGAGGCAGCAUCGGCGGCUCUCAACAACAAGUCGCUGGGCCGGAACCUCAAACUCAAGGCAGUCAUCUCGGAUCCUGCUCACAAGCAAGUCCGGCAAGGUGCUCUCUACGACGGCCGGGAAAUCUUCAUCGGAAACAUCGAGCAUGGUGCGACGGAUCAACAGGUCCAAGAUCUCCUAUCACCAUUGGAAGGCUUCGUCAACGUCCGUGUGCCGCGAAACUUUGGCGGGAAGAUGAAGGGCGUGGCUUUCGCCGAAUUUGACACACCCGACAACGCGAAGAAGGCUGUCGAGACGCUGGACGCGAAGGAGUUUCUGCAGCGCAUCCUCCGCGCCACGAUCUCCGAGCCUAAAGGCACCAAGCGCCACGCCACUACCAUCAUCUCUCAACCUUCCGCCUCUCCCGAACCCACUGGAGAGACGACCACCGCCGCCACCGACAUGAACGGUACUACGGCCUCUUCGUCGGACGCAGCAAAGGACCGCCGCGAACGCACAAUCGCCCUCCUCAACAUUCCGGACACGGUCAACGACGCCCGCAUCCGCUCCCUCGUCGAGCCGCACGGCACGCUGAAGAAAAUCAUCCUCAUGCCCGAACACCAGGGCGCCAUUGUCGAGUUCGCCCACGUCGCCGACGUUGGUAAGGCCAGCCUCGCGCUGGAUGGCGCCGUCAUCGAUGAGUCGUCUGGAAGGAAGAUUAGCGUCGGCACAGUUGAAGAGAUGAAGAAGAUGAGGGCGGAGAAGAAGGUGGAUCGGAUCGGUGCUGGUGGUGCGAAGAAGAAGGAUGACAAGAAGAAGGAGGGAGAGUCUUCUUCGACCAAGUCUACGUCGGCCUUCAUGCAGCCUGCUCCUCGGAUUAGUCGGCCCGGCGCGCCUGGUGCUGGUGCUGGAAGGCGAGGCGGAAAGGGUGGCCUUGGCAUCAAGAGGGCUACUGGCCCGUCGGCGUCGGCGGCUGGGAAGGAUGUCGAGAUGGGUGAUGCGAGUGCCGGGGCUAGUGGGGCGGGUGGUAAGAGUAAUGCGGACUUCAAGGCCAUGUUCUUGGCGUCGAGGGAGAAGGGGAAGGGGGAGGGCGGGGAUGAGAAGAAGGAUGGUGAUGGUGGUGAUGGCGGUGGUGGUGCUGGUGCGGCGGAGGCUUAG